AUGAAGAAGUCGAUGUCCAGUCUUCUUCCAUCAAAGACCAACAGCGUCCUAUCGAAUUUUUCCAAGAACUUGUUUUUCCAGAACCUUAAUGCCAUCGAUGAGUUCUACAUUGUCCUCGACAACCCCCAUAAGGUUUACCAUCCAGGCGACUACAUCACAGGGUCGGUGAGUCUCGUGGUAAAGAAACCAUUAGUGAACAUCCUUCUAUCAUUAUCCAUCAACGGAAUUAUCAAGACCAAUGGGGGAAGCAAAGGUAUCACAAAUAAAAAGGCCAAAUUGUUCUCUGUAUCGAUAUACUUGUACGGGGACAACCAUGCCGACAAAGUGACGGGUCUUUCCAAAGGCGAACAUCGCUUUCCUUUUUCCAUAAAACUACCAAGAAAAAAUAUCUUUUCCAGUAUAACAUUUGAAAAAGGUUCCAUUUCAUAUUCCCUCAAAGCUCAUCUCCAUUUAAAAUCCACUCAAGCUUCUUCGUCAUCACCAUCACCUUCAUCAUCGUCAUCAUUAUCAUCAUCGCCGGCAUCUUUAACAUAUUCUUCACCAUUACGCGAUUCACAGCGACCUUCCAAAUCAUCGGUUGAUGAUCAACAAAAAUCUCGAAAACUGGGAAGUAAUAACAAUAACAAUAACAAUAAUAAUAAUAAUAAUAAUAAUCAUAAUCAUAAUCAUAAUGGUCGAUUCAAGUUCUCUAUUAGCAAGAAGGUUGAAGGUUUUAAUACCUCGCGAAAUACCCAUAUUAAUACUCCUGAUUCUAAAAAAUCACUGACAACAAAAGACCUUGACACCAUUGCCAAAUGCGAAAAAAACAUCACUAUUAAAUGUCCUAUAAAUGUGAAUAAAUUCCCACAGCCCAAACCUAGUGUGUUGAUAGUGAAGAGCCCUCAAAAAAAAUUCCUUAAGAACUUAUCCCUGUCAUCGACGGUGAAUUCUCUGAACUCGGUUAGAAGUUCCAACAGUAAUGGAAGCAGUGACAACAAUACCAAUGCAAAUGGCGAAAAUGAUUCUAAUUCCUCGAUCCUCAAUAAUAUUUCCGGUACUUUAUUCACCUCCAAAGCGUUUAAUAGCUCAUCCUCGACCUUGAACCAUGCCACCAUCAAAAUGGUGAUAAAAACGCAAUCUAUCGCGUACUUGGCCAAUGAUUUGGUCCCUAUCCAAAUCCGUUUGCAGCAUAUCAAAAACGUGAAGUCACUAAAUGGGAUCAUUAUUACUUUGAUCAGAAUAUGCAAAAUCGACAAUAGCCCAGAAGGGGGGAUUUUAUCUUUCCGAAAAGAUUUGGCACAGGUGGUCAAACCAUUAUACAUUGAUCCUUCAUCUUUGGAAUUUGAAGUGAAUACUAAUAUAAAGAUCCCCUUUGACUCGUUUCCAACAAUUCGUGGAGCUCCAUUGAUUAGUUUUGAAUAUUACAUCGAGGUAGUGGCGAAUCUCAGCAGUAAAAAUCAUUCCCUGACCUUUGAUGGAACCAAUGAAUACUCUCCAGAUUUGAAAUCUAAGGAGGCGUCAUCUAAGUACUCAAGCAAAUCGUCGAAAAGUCACCAAAAUGGCAAAGUAAUUGAUAAUGAUGAUGACAAGAAAUUUGAGAGAAGGGAUUACGAUCAAGAAAUUAUCAAUGUUGAUAAAUUAAAGAGACUAAAGAAUGUGAUAUCUCUUAAUAGAAGGAUAAUUAUUGGUACUGAAAGAUCAGAAGUUCCUAAUAAUAAUGACGCGUCUAGCGUUGCCGAGGUAGAAGGAAAUGACGGUCCUGUGCCAAUUCUAGGAACCCGUGAAGAUGGUGAUGAGAUUCUUAGAGUUGAUUCUCUCACCUCAUCUAACUUGGACAGAAACUCUCCGGAUAACCGAAUGAGAGAAUCUCCAGAUUACAAUACUGCAGGAGAAAUUCAUAAUAUUGGAUCUUCAAAUGACGCUAUACAUAGCCCAAGUAACUUUGACGUUGACCUCCCACCACCUCCGCCAUUGCUACCUCCAAUAGCAUACGAGAAUUUACAGGCAGACUCGCCACUAUCUGAAAAGGAACGGGUGAGACUUCAUGAGGAAUCUCUACUUCCGUCUGAACCUCCGCUGAUGUUUACUGAUGAGCCGCCAAAUGUCUUAUCAGAUGGUGACAGAUUGAUUGAUUCAGCUUCUAGUGUUCCCCUUGUUCCGGUGCUUGAAGAGUCUGGAAAUGAAGAAGGGUAUCUCAAUGGAUCUGACACGAAUGUGCCUUAUACCAUUAUGGGUCCUUCCACUGAUCGUCCUUAUAAAUCCGAUUAUUGCAACGGCGUACGUUCAAACCCAGGGUUUGAAAACAAUAUAAUAAAUUCAUUAUCUAUCAAUGAUGAUAGUGUCAGAAAUAAUGCGGCCAAUGGAGAUAUCCAACGUGAUGACUCAGAAGAUGAUGGGUAUUCAGUUACAAAUGUCUUGAGAAAAGAGGUCAUUGACUUUGUUCCUCAGUAUGAACCGGCAAUGACAUCAACUAAUACGUCAAUAUCAUCGGUAACAUCGACCAUGGCGAAUGGCGAUGCAGUUUCAGCCCACACAGGGUCUCAAGUGACAAUCACCAACGAUGAAACUGGUAAACAUAAUAGUACAGUUGCAGACAGGUAG